AGGAUUACAUCAGAAGAUGAUAAGUUGGCCUUUCCCGGGCCAUGUGACAUUGAAGUCCGAGAAGCUUCCAGCUUGACACAACAAGAAUUUUUAUCAAGGUUCAUAAGUUUAUAUUUGAUAUCUACCAAUUUUACACUUUGAAUCAAAUGUUAAAAUAUAGCAUGUAAUCAAUAAUGCCCUAAACUUGAAAACUUGAUGUCUCUACACAACUUACAAGAACAUUAUAUACAUGGGAUUCAUUAUGUUGCUCCCUUUGGGAUCAGCCUAUAUUGCCUAUAUUAUAUCCAAAUAUAAUGUAUUAUUGAUUUGCUGGGUAUCCAGACAACUUGUAAAGCCCAUCAAAGGAUAAUAGCUUUUUAUUAUAAUGUGUGUUUUGGUAGACAAAACAAUUGAAUGGUUUUUCAAAUGGCUGUUUGAAAAUGUUUUUUCCAAAGUCUACCAAGAAAGAAAAACAAUAUUAUUUCUAUUUUUAAAUUUGCAGCUAUGCCUUUGAGAAACCUAUUGUCAUUAAAGGUGCCACAGAUAAUACAGUAAGUAUGUUAAACAGAUCUAGAUGGUUAUCAUGGAAGCAUCAGUUAUCUUAAAAUUAUUUUUCUCAAAAGUAAAUUAAAACUGAUUAUCAUUUUAACAUCAUUUCUAAUUCUGAGUGCUGUUUCAGAUGGUAGCUGUUUGUUAUUUUGAUUUGCUACUAUUAUAUCUCAAACCAAUUGACAAUUUUUACUUUGAAUAAACAGGUGUUUCAAGCUCAGUGUCAUAAAGAUGCAAUGAUGAGAGAUCAUGCCUCUAAACAUAUAAGACUAAGUUCAGCAAACACUCAUUCAUAUGAUAAAGGUAUGUUAAAGUUGUAUGUACAUUGUUUCCAUCGAUUGAUGGCUUUGAUAUAAAAUCUUUGUUUAAAAAUCUAUUUCAGAUUAUGAAACAAAUUAGAAGGAAUGUAUUAAAUUGAAUAAUGUUUACCUCUUAUUUAUCCCUUUGUUACAUGUGUGUACAGAAAGUUAUUUUAAAUUCUCCCCAAAAUAUUUUUUUCCUCAUAUUUAUUUGCUGAAAUAACUUCUGUUUCUAGAGUUUAGAUAUAAAAAAUCAGUGCAGGUCACUAGAGACCAGACAUGUUUUUUACUAUUGCUGUCUACUAAUGCUUUCAUUUGGGUGUAUUUGUAAUGUGGUUUAUUAAAAUAGAUUGUCUUGGGAAAUCUAUUGACACUUUAGACAGGAAAUUUGUGAUUUUGAAAAGGUCAGAAUAGUGUAGAGGGGAGGAUGCUAUGAAAGUAUUAUGUGGUCCUUCACAUAUACAAAGACCCCAAUCACUGACUGCAAAUACCCAAAAUAUUUACUUAACAUAAUAGUGUUUUCUAAAUCUUUUUUAAAAUUGUUUUUAAAAUGAUAAAUUAAAAGCUGCUGUUAGAUUUAUUAAAGAUUAUGAACUGUUGGCCUAAGAGAUUAAUUGAUAAUUGAAUGGCCCAUGGUGCACAUGUAGAAGGAACUAUUAGCAAAUGAGAAUUGGAUUUUGAGACUAAGUUAGAAUUGGGAUGUUAUGUACCAUUCUAUGGUUUUUGCCAAUUUAAUCUGUUAAAAGAUUUGGCUCAUUUGUUGAACUAUAUGUAACAAAGGACUGAAAACCAGUAUACAAAGAAAACUAAUACCAAAGCUAGUGAUAUUUAGAAUAUUCAAUUUCAAUAUACUUUUAAAUUUAUAUAAAAUUCAAAAUCAAAUAUACAGAUAUACAAAUGUUAAUACGUUACAGUUACAGCAAGUGGAAAAAGUAUAAUCCUUGAAAGAUACAAAUAAAUAUAAAUGUACACAAACACAGAGAGUGAAAUUGUGUACGGCUCCUAUAAAUAAGUAUAUUAAUAUGUCUCGUGUCUAGGAAAAUUAGCAAAAAUCUCUUCUGGCUGGUAAAGCUGCUGGCUUAUUUACAGGGAGGGUUUUAGAACCCUCAAGAAAAGACAUCCUAGAAAUUGCAUCAACAGAACAAAUUAGAAUGUAAACAAUCUUUUCCCAAUAAAGGAUAGCAUUGUCAUUUAAAAUCUCUUUUUCACAUUGUUACAUACAGUUAUCAGUAUGGAGAAAUUAAUCUUUUAUUUAAGUAUAUGGCUCGUUCUAAAACAGUACACAACAAAAGAUGAUACCAUAUGCUAAAUACAAUAACAAAGAAUACGAUACUCAAAUUCAAACCAGGGCUAAUUACAAUUAAUAAAUUUUAUUAUGUUAAUUAUAAAUUACAAAAUCAAAAGGAAAUAAAAUUAAAGCUAUUGACUUAAAGAAAAAUGAUUGGCGUUUACGGGUACAAUGUUAAAGAAGAUACAAUGUUGUAAAAGGUACAAUGAUGAAAAGGAAUCUACACGCACACAUCAAAAGUUAGUAAACAAAUCUGUUAUAGAAAACUCUCUAUGGUAAUAGUGCUCAAAAUAUCUCUCGUCUGAUCUUCCUGUCGCUCAAUCUUUCUAGGCGUAUAUUAUAUAUAUGGACUGUUUCAUAGAUAUCUCUCGAAAGGGCUUACACAUUGCAUAAACGCCUUAACCAAUCUAGUAUAUUCUAAAGGAUUCUAAUAAUAAUACUGGCUAUAGAUUUUAUUUAUUUGUAAUCAAGGUCAAGGAGACUAUUUUUAUUUAGCCACAUCCUAAAAUGCGGUUCCGAUCUUGGGGUCAGCUAGAUUUCAUUCACGGGGAAAUAUGACGUAAACACGUCAUCUACAACAUUAAUAAUGCAUACACUGUAUUAAUUCCUUAUAAUCUUGUUUUUUCAAACCCAACGUCCAGCAAUAACAGGAAUAGGGCAGACACUUUAAGUUUUUAAAAUACUUUCUAUGUCUUGUUAUUUCUUCAUUUGUCCUGACUGCUGAGGAAGGCUGUUAGCAGAAACGUUCUUCUUUUACUGUCCUGUCUUUCUAUCUCAAGCUUCCCCAUACCUUAUUCAUCUAUUUCCUUCCCAAUAAAAAGGUAAAAAGGAUUGGAGCUACAGAUUAAUCAGUAACAUCAAUAUUGAAAUGGUUGGGGGGGGGGGGGGGGGGUGGGGUGUGUAAGGUUGAAUGUCACGGCUUGUGGUGAAUAAAAACUAGGUCAACACACAGGCCAUAACAUGGGAGUUUUGUAAAACAUUACUGCUGAUAGCUGUGGGGUUAUAGCGUGGGGGAAUUUUAAAGAGCAGGUUUAUUGAAGUAGUUGUAUAUUGUCAUCACAUGGGUAGAUAGUUAACAAUAUUGUUAAAGGCAUUAUUCAUGAUCCUUAAUUUUUUUAAUUAAAUUUAAAAAUUAUUUUCUUGCUAUAGCUGAUGUAACUCUUGAGUACUAUGUCAAUCAUGUGAUGAAGCCGCAAGCACUGACUACCCUAGGAAACGGUAAUGACAAUGCUUGAAAAUUUUAUCUGCCAUCGUAGGAUGGUAAAAUGUCUUGUGAGUGGUGAUUUAUUUAAUGUUUCAGUUAUUAAAAGCUAACAAGUAAUAACAUUUUUUUUUAAUAUGAAUGCCAUAAAUAUGAUUAAAAUUGAAAGAUUUUUUUUUUAAAACUUUUUAGAGACUUUCUAUUGGUUUGGGGACAACAAUUUUACAGAAUGGAAAUCAUUAAUAGAUCUAUACAAACCACCACCAUACUUCUUGCCCAAAAUGACUGGUGCCUACAGUUUUGGCCUUGCAGGUAUUGUUGUGUUCCUGCCAUUUCAGUCACUUACUUUAUUUGAUAUUGCUCUUUUGAAAUUGUAAAUACUUGCUCUGCACUUUUUAGAAAUGUGUUCACUAGAAUCGGCAUCCUUCCGUCUCGUGAGACGAUGGUGCAUCACCGUUGGGUAAUCACUAGAAUUGACUGUACAAGUUGACCUUUGCACUCUACACAUUGACUUUUGCACUCUACACAUUGACUUUUGUCAUCUAAUUCUAAACAUUGACUUUUGCCCUCUACACAUUGACCUUUGCCCUCUACACAUUGACUUUUGCCUUCUACACAUUAACUUCUGCCAUCUACACAUCCACUUCGGCACUCUACAAGUUGACCUUUGCACUUUACGCAUAGACAUUUGCACUUAACACAUUGACAUUUUAAAUCUACACAUUGACCUUUUCACUCCAGAAGUUCAUCUUUGCACUUACAUUUUAUGUGGUCAAAAUAUUUUUGGGCUUAUUCAUUAUGAUUUAAAGAAUGUGUGGACUUAACAAAGUGUGUAAGAAAAGUAUUGUCAAGCUUCUUAGAUAGGAUUAUGUCUCAACAUCAGUUUUAGAGUAGUUUCAUUGCAAGAAGCUCACAGUAUUUUGUGAGUGCUCAUUUUAAAUAAACUACGUUAUAUUGUUUUAGGUGCUGGCACGGGAGUCCCUUUCCACUUUCACGGGCCAGGAUUCGGAGAGGUUGUUUACGGUAGAAAGGUAGAUUCCAACAAAAAUUUCAUCACUUUAGUUUAAAAAAAGAUCCACUAGCUACACAAUUACCUUCUACCAUGACAGGACGCAAUUGCCUUCCACCACAUUCUACAGCCUCUUUCCAUUUCUCACGAUUACCUCGUAAGGAUAUUCACACUAGCAUUUCACCAUUUUCAUGGUGCAGUUCUUGACUCUUUGUACCUACAUUAAUUUAAUACCUAAAGUUUUUAACUUUAAAAGUCUACAGUUAAUAUUUUUUUCUUUGUAACUAUUUUUCAAAAUGGUAUAAAGAUUUUAAUUUGAAAUUCAAAUUAAAUGGACAUCACAUUUAUUCAAUGUGUGCUUUUUUAUUUCAGAGAUGGUUUAUGUAUCCACCACACAAAACACCACAUUUUCAUCCCAAUCGCACAACUUUACAGUGGUUACAUGAG